AUGCCAUCACCCAUAGUUGACGUCCCCAAAGCCUCGUCCUUCAACCUCGAUGCGGCUUUGGAUUUUAUACAUGACGAGACCCACCCAUUUCCCCAGGAAUAUGUCCCGGCCGAGGCAAAGACUGUCCCUACUCACAUAAAAUGUCCGCUAUUCGGUGGUGGAAAGCGACCGCAGGACAGGGACGCAAAAGAUCGAGCCGCGGUGCACAGGUUGCGCAGACGGCGGAUGACCGAGGUAUCCAGCGGACUCGUUCAUUUGGAGUCCCUGGCCAUUCUGCCCAUCGGUAUCGAUGCUGAGCCUUCCCGAAUUACAGAUGUGCAAGAACUGGCGAGUUUCAACAAGGUUGCAGAUGGCGAGAUUGUCGUACCAGCUCGUGAUGCAGGUGCUCCCCCACGGUUCACCCCCCUGACACAGCCGCUGCAAAUGAAGGCCGACUCGUACAACAAAGCCAUCCCCACCCGUUACCCCCAAUACGACUAUAUCUUCGAGCCUCUUCUUCGGUCAGUUGAAGUGAUGCAGCCCGGGUUGGAUAUCUUCAGUGCGACCGACGUGAUCAGCAACGUCAGCAACCUCCGCAAGCUCUUCGAUGUCAUCUCCAACAGGUCCUGGGGCACCGAGCGCUGCGACAUCGACAUCAGGGAAAACACUCUGCUUCUCUCCCGCUGGAACGGAGACCCGAACCUGUCCCUGAGUCUCGGCUGCGGCUCCGGGUUCGAAAAAGAGACGUGUCGUUACCCGCCCGAGGAAGACCCCGUCCUACAACGCAGCCUAAGCCACCACCGUGUCCUGUCGUACCGUUUCGCGGGCCUGCAGCUCGUGGUACAAGGAGAAGUCGACGCCUACCACUGCGCGUGCGACCACACCACCCCAUCGCCCGACCUCGUCUCCACCACCCCCCGAACCACCAAACGGCACUCCGACCCCGCCCCGCGGUCCCCCAGCUGGCGCCACCGCCGCGCCUUCUCCAACCCCCACGCCCUGGGGCCCUCCCCCUCCCUCGCCUUCGCCGCCCUCGCCCUCGACGACCCCGGCGACAGCCCGGGCUUCACGCCCCCCUGCCCCGUCACCCACCCCAGCCCGACCCUCCGCGUCCACCACACCGGCCGCGCCAUCCCCGCGCCGUGCCUCGUCGAGAUCAAGACGCGCAACGCCCGCUCGCCGGCGCUGUCCACCAACGAGGCGCAGCUGUAUUUCUCGCAGCGCGCGAAAUUGUACCUGGCCCGUCAUGAGCAGGGGCUGUUCACGCCGGGGCCGGAGCUGAGUGUGCGGGAGGUGGAGACGGAGCUGCGGGAGUGGGAGGCCGAGGCGCAGCAGCAGGUGACGUUGGGGAAGCUGGCGGGUUUGUUGAGGGUGGUGAGGGAUAGGGUGAGGGUGUUGAGGGGGCAGGGGGUGGAGAGGGUGAGUUUGGUUUGUGAGUGUGAUGGGACGGGGAGUGAGCAGGGGGUGAGUGUGCGGUUGUGUGAGCGGGCGGGGGGAGGAGGACAGUGGGCUGUUGCCGCCGGUGGAAUUCCACCGGAUGGUUAA